AACAGGGGCCAGCGAGCAUGAUGGCCUACUUGGUUGUUUCUGGGCUAUUCCUAACUCGACUUAGAAGACCCAUUGGUAAGAUGACAAUAACUGAGCAAAAGUAUGAAGGAGAGUAUAGAUACAUUAAUUCUCGGCUCAUCACAAACAGUGAAGAAAUUGCCUUUUACAAUGGGAAUAAAAGAGAAAAGCAGACAAUCCAUACAGUCUUCCGAAAACUGGUGGAACACCUACAUAAUUUCAUUUUGUUUCGGUUUUCUAUGGGCUUCAUUGAUAGCAUAAUUGCCAAAUAUCUCGCCACUGUAGUUGGUUAUCUAGUUGUCAGUCGUCCUUUCCUAGAUUUGUCUCACUCUCGACAUCUCAAGAGUACACAUUCAGAACUUCUGGAGGAUUACUACCAAAGUGGAAGGAUGCUUUUGCGAAUGUCUCAAGCUCUGGGUCGAAUUGUUUUGGCUGGCCGUGAGAUGACUAGAUUGGCUGGUUUUACUGCUCGGAUUUCAGAAUUAACGCAAGUACUAAAGGAUUUAAACCAUGGAAAAUAUGAACGCACAAUGGUCUCGCAACAGGAAAGGGCAGCACAAGCCAUUCCCUUGAUACCUGGUGCUGGAGAAAUCAUCAAUGCUGAUAACAUCAUAAGAUUUGAUCAUGUUCCUUUAGCAACGCCAAAUGGAGAUAUCUUGAUCCGAGACCUUAAUUUUGAAGUUCGAUCUGGGGCCAAUGUUCUAAUUUGUGGUCCAAAUGGCUGCGGGAAGAGUUCACUUUUCCGUGUUCUUGGUGAAUUGUGGCCUCUUUUUGGAGGACGUCUAACUAAACCUGAGAGAGGAAAGUUAUUUUAUGUUCCUCAGAGACCUUAUAUGACCCUUGGAACACUUCGAGACCAAGUGAUAUAUCCAGAUGGAAGAGAAGAUCAGAAAAGGAAGGGGAUAUCUGACUUCGUACUGAAGGAAUACUUAGAUAAUGUCCAGUUGGGUCAUAUCCUUGAACGUGAAGGAGGCUGGGACAGUGUUCAGGAUUGGAUGGAUGUACUCAGUGGUGGAGAGAAACAAAGAAUGGCAAUGGCAAGAUUAUUUUAUCAUAAACCUCAGUUUGCCAUUUUGGAUGAGUGCACAAGUGCAGUUAGUGUGGACGUGGAGGGAUACAUUUACAGCCAUUGUCGAGAGGUCGGCAUCACCCUCUUCACUGUAUCACAUAGGAAGUCUCUUUGGAAACACCAUGAGUACUACCUGCACAUGGAUGGCAGAGGCAAUUAUGAAUUUAAACAGAUAACAGAAGAUACAGUUGAGUUUGGCUCUUAGAAUCGGAGAACUGUACCUGCUGCAAUGAAAUAAUUACAGAACACAGAAAGUACAUUGUAAAAUAAAGUUGAGCUUUUUUUUAAAAAAAAAGCAACAAAUUAACUAAAUAUAAACUAAUCAAGAACAAGUUGUUAAAACAUUUAAUAUUAUAUACGAUAUGCUAAUUGUGUAUAUGUUGGUUUAAUUAUUAAUAUGUACUAAGAAUGACCUUAUUCUUGUGGUUAAAAACUGCCUAAAUUAAAUUGGGCUUAAAUCAGUGUAAUCUGAUUCAUCCUGGGAUGUAAACCAUUUGAAGUCAGCUAAUUUGACUUUUAUGGCUCUAUCUUUUCCUUCAGUGAAGAACCCUAUUUAAAAUUGGGGUCAUUGCUUGUCCUGCUCUAACAAGAUAGUCUUGAGUUCCAUUUUCUUGUGCCCCAUGAUGGUGGGAAACAAACAAAUCAUAGUGUAUUAUCAAAAUGUACAGCAUCAUUGCAUAAUGGCAUUUAUUACCCGGUGGCAGAUUGCUUUCGCUGCCACCGUUAUAUUCAUUCUUUGUAUAUGUCUUGGGGUAACUUUGACUCCCGGAAAGCCAUUAAAUUUUCUUUGGCCAAAUAAUAAAUGUGCCCCUCUCGAUCUGCAAUACUGAGUUGUUUUGAGGGUUCUUUGUGGAGAUACAACAAAAAUAUAAGGAACCUUGCCUACAAAGGAUAGUUACUGUGUUUCACACCUAUUCUUCCCAAUGUUUGGGGUGUUAAAACACAAAGUCCUCACAUGUCAAGCUCAAGGUCUUAAAGAUUUUUAGACUUUUUAAAGAGUUGGAUGGAUUUGUGUACGUUAGAAGCCCAUUCAGUGCAAGUGUGGUGGCUCCAUGGUGGUCAAUUCCAGACGAGCCGUAGGAAUGCGCUGCCUGAAGUAAUGCCCUGAGUAUGCAGUGUCAUCAUUGUCUUUGACUGAUUUUAUGUUUAAAAAAUACGUUAUCAAACUAUUAUGCACAUGGGUGAAUUCCGUUCCCUAGGCACUGGUUUAUCUUUGUGAAUCUUUAAUAACUUUUUUAUAUUUGGGUUAUAAUGUUGAACAGUCCUAAGAGAAAUGGAUUUCACCUCACCAAACCACCAUUAAUGGCCACAUGUAUUAUUUACACAGGGAGAACUGAAACUGAAUAUUAUCAAUAAGCUCGAUAUGAAGUCAGUUUCAUCAAACUGGGGUUCAGAAAGGGGCUUUUAUAUUCUUGUUUCUGCAUAACUGGUUUUGUUUUUUUUGCAGAAUUAACUAUAACAAUCACCAAUUACCAGAGUAAAAUUCAUGUACUGAUUCCAUAAUACAUAACAUUCAAUUUUUACCACUCUCUUUAGCAAACUUAUAUAUAUCCUCAUUUUCCGUUCAGAUUAAAAAAAAAAAAGAUAUCCUAUACAUCUUUUGCUUGUUCUUUUUAUUCUUGUAUCUAAAUACUGAGUAGUUCAUACAGUCUUGACUUGAAAAACACAAAAAUAAAUUAAUAUUUAGAAAGCUUUUUUAGCACCCAAUGUCUUUUUAUAAAUGUUGUAUCAGACGUGGUUUUAAUGGAAUGAAUUUCUCUUUUAGAAAACUCAGUUAUAACCUGUAGAGUAACUCACAAAUGCUACCAAAUAGUUAGGAGAAUUUAAAAGAUAUUAUCAGUCCUGAGAAAGAUUUUAAGGCAUGGAGGAAGUUUGAGAUUUUCAGAUUUCUAGAUUACCCCAAACUACUAAUAGCUGCCUCAUUUCUUCUGUAAUGUAUUUGUGCCAUCGAAAAUAUAUUUUUCUUUUUAAAUUUGACAAAUGUUAAAGUGCCUCACCAUUGGAGGCAAAGUGGGAGAUCCUUCUCCUGGAGAAUCACAAUGUACAUCAUUAACAGAGUGAUGAUUCUAAGAAGCUCCACAAUAAAGAAAUCCAGUUUCCAAAACA